UUUUUUUUGAAUAUUUUUCUCCUUAGAUCAAUGUUUUUGUAUGUUUAUGAAAAUUCUGAUGAUUUUAAUUUAACUUUUCCUUCUGCAAUUCACUGUCAAAGAAUGAUAACUCAAAUUCUUGCAAUGGAUGGCGGGGCUGAACGUAAUAUUCUUGCAAGUGUUGAAACUGAUUCACUUAAAUUUGAAUAUGAAGUUGAUAGCAAUCGUGAAAGAAUUGUUUUGGGAAGAGGAACUUAUGGAAUUGUGUACGCAGCAAGAGAUGUAACAUCUCAGCGAUCUAUAGUUGUUAAAGAGAUUGAAGUAAAAAAUGAAGAGGAGGUGCAACCUCUUAUGGAAGAAAUACAGUUGCAUUCUACUUUGUCUCAUGACAAUAUUGUCAAAUAUUUGGGGUCAAAAUUGGAUAAACGUGAAUCUGGAAGUUUCUUUCUCAUUUUUAUGGAGCAGGUUCCUGGAGGCAGUCUAAGUUCGCUAAUUCGCUCAAAAUGGGGACCUCUCGAUAAUCUUCAAACAAUGGCUAUUUAUGCUCGUCAAAUUCUUGAAGGAUUGCAAUAUUUACAUUCUCAAAAAAUUGUUCAUCGAGAUAUUAAAGGAGAAAAUGUUUUGGUUAAUACAUAUUCUGGAUUGUGCAAAAUUUCUGAUUUUGGUACCUGCAAACGCCUUGCGGGCCUAAAUCCUGUGACGGACACGUUCAAGGGAACGUUGCAAUAUAUGGCUCCAGAAGUGAUCACUGGUGGUCAAAGGGGUUACGGACCAGCUGCUGAUAUUUGGAGUUUUGGUGCAACUUUAAUUGAAAUGGUUACUGGAAAGCCACCAUUUAUUGAAUUGGGCAUUCCGGAAGCUGCUGUUUUCAAAGUUGGUAUGCAUGGAAUGCAUCCACCAAUACCUGAACAUUUGGGGGAAUUGGCAACAAAUUUCAUCAAAAGUUGUUUCAAACCAGACCCGUCUGAACGACCUACAGCAGCUGAAUUAUUAAAUGAUCCUUUUAUUUUACAAUAUUUUGGAAAUUCGUUUGUUUCUUGAAAAUUAUUUUUUAAUUUAUUGUAGAAAUCGUGGAACUAGUAGCAAAAAAAGAAUUGAUGGAGCUCCCCCUGUUAAACAUCCAAGUAAAUUCUACCGAUCCGCUUCACAUAUGGGUGGAAUGACUGCAUCUGGGGCAACUGUUUCUGCAUCGAUAUCUGAAACUGGAAGCAGCAAACCUUCCAAUAAACACCAACAACAACAAUCCUCAUCUCCUAAUCGUCUUCGAAAUUUGUCACCUGUUACUACAUCCAACAAUAUAAAUACUUCUACAGCUGUUACUUCUCUUCAUAUUAGCCCAAUGAUUGCCACAAAAAGAGGAAGUUGUGGGACAACAUUAGAAAAUAAUAGGAGUACUGGAAGUGGUG